AUGUUUCCAGCAUGUAUGGGUGGAAUGUGUCCUAACGCAGCCGUUUGUAUCGAUAAUGAUUAUUGCUGCAUGGAAAAUGAAGUCAUUCCCGAGCCGACCGUACCACCUGUUACGGUACCCGUUGUGGUAACAACUGCUCCCAUAGUAAUUGUACCAACUACAAGAGUCGGUGGUGCUACACUAGCUCCAGGCGCUUGCGUGGACCUUGUAAAUCCUAAAACGGGUGUCUCGGACUGUCCUUCAAGAACUUCGCUCUGCAGUGACUCUCUUUACUAUGACCUAAUGACUACGCAAUGUCCGCGAACAUGUGGCAGGUGUACUUCCAAUUCGAUUCCAUCUACUUGUGUCGACAAAGUCAAUCCAAGUACUGGACGGUCCGACUGUGCGUCUAUGACUUCAUAUUGUAACAACGCAGCUUACUAUAGUCUAAUGACGGAUCAGUGCCCAAGGACUUGUGGACGCUGUACUGCUACUGCUUCUACUGCAGCGACAAUAACUUGCGUGGACAAAAUCAACGCAAGCACUGGAACAUCAGACUGCACAAAGAUGGCAUCUUACUGUGAUAAUUCCCUAUACUAUGACUUGAUGACCACACAAUGCCCAAGAACUUGCGGUAGAUGUACAAGUUCUUCGGCCACAUCUUCUGCUUGCGUGGACCAAGUGAAUGCCUCGACAGGGAAAUCAGAUUGUUCUGCAUUGGUUUCUUAUUGCCGUGUGGGUACGUACGCAGCUUUGAUGCAGCAGCAAUGCCCAAGGACUUGUGGAUAUUGCUAGAACUUUUCGCCCUUUACUUGACGUAAUGCUGUAGCUUUUUGUGAUACUCAAGGAACUCUAGACAGUGUUAUAAAUUUGGAAAAUCACAAAACUGUAUGCAAUAACAAUGAUGUCAC